UAGUGACAGCUGUCAUUUGUCAAAAACUGUGAAUUGGAACCGCCCGUCGUCAGAUUUUACGAAGAAAUCUCGAUUUAUUCACAAUUUUUCCGCUAAAAUGGCUAGUGCACCAGCCGAAAAGUCUGCCUGUGUUUUCUGCAAUAUAGUUAAUAAAUUAGAUGACACGGAACUCCUGUUUGAAGAUGACCAAGUCUGUGUUUUUAGAGAUAUAAAACCUGCGAGCAAAUUUCACGUUUUAACUGUGCCUAAAAGGCAUAUAGAAGACUGCAAAAGCCUUGUUUCGUCAGAUAAAGAACUAGUUCAACACAUGCUGACGGUAGCCCAAGAUAUACUUCAAAAGAACAACCUAUCGCUCCAAGAUGCACGUCUAGGCUACCACUGGCCUCCGUUCCGGAGCGUCAAACACUUGCAUCUGCACACUAUUGCUCCGGAGAGCGAUAUGGGAUUCAUUGGACGAUUGAUAUUCAGGAAAGACUCGUACUGGUUUGUCUCUCCUGAAUACGUCGAGUCGAGGCUAUGAUGACUUCACAAUGCUUGGGACAGCUCAAAGUUGUAAUUUAAGCACUUUUCCAUCGUUCAAUAAUUUAUUUAGUACAAAUUUUACUCCUCUUUAGGACAACGUUCUUUCUUAUUAUCUUCCAAAAAUAAUAAUAAGUGGGAUGUAAUUGAGUAUUUAGUAUACUAUUAUUAUACUAUCCGUUCGCGAUAAGUUUGCCGCUGGCGAUAUGACGUCACUCGAAGCAGAGGCGGGGCAAGACCUAAAUUUGAUGUGGGCAAGACAGAUUUCGCGAGGCCUUGUUCUGUGGCGACUAGGGCUUGAAUACCGGAAUUCCGGAAUUUCGUAACUCCGGAAUUCCGGAUAGGUUUUUUCCGAUAUUUCAAUUCCGGAACUGAAGCCAAUAUCGUAUUCCGAUAUUGAAAUUUUUCAUAAAUUAUUUUAAGUUUUCAAAAUGAUUUUUAUCCAAAUCGGUCCUUCUAUAAGGAAGUCCUCGAGACAGUCAUGUAUUCGCAAUUUUAUUACUAACUAGCUGACCCGGCGAACUUCGUACCGCCUUAGCGUAGAGAUUUUCUUUAUAUUUUUUUCCGUAAAAACCUUGUACAAAGUAUUAGAAAACUACAAAAAAAAAAAUCAGCCAAAUCGGUCAAGCCGUUUUCAUGUUAUGUCGUGACAACGGAAAACGGGUUUCAUUUUUAUACAGUGUGAGUCACGUUAAAGUGUACAUAUGAAAA